GAGUCCGAAUAAAAAUCUCGGUAACUUUACCGCUGCAAUCUGAGCUCGCAAUCGGCUGAUCUCCACUCGCAACUCCUCUCUCUCUCUCUCUCUCGCACGAUGAGGCAUCACGUGUCACCGCCGACGCCCCCACCGCUACCGUCACCGUCACCGUCAUCAUCAUCCUCCUCUCUGCGAAGAAAGAAUCGUAUAACCUUCGCUCGCUACGCGCUCAUCGGCGGAGCGAUCACCAGCAUCCUCCUCCUCUUCUGGAUCUCCUCCACCGCUGUCGUCCACGAUCACGCCGGAGAUCUGUCACUCCUACACUCUCGGGAGCGAUACUCUCAUCAGAUCCUUCCAGAACAAGAAGAACGAGAGGAUGAGGUGGAGGAGGAGAGAGGGAGGGAUGAUGGAGGAGAGAGUGGGAGGAAGGGAUCGUGCGCUACGGUGGAGGAGAUGGGGGAGGGUUUUGGCGGUGGAUUCGAGAAGGAGAGCCUUAGGGUUAGGGAGCUCAUCAGACGCCACUUCGAGAUUAAUGGAGGUGCAAGAGUACGAGAGUUACCUCCACACCAGUUUUGUCGACAAGGUUUUGUGAUAGCGAAAGCAUCAGAAGCAGGGUUUGGGAAUGAAAUGUACAAGAUUUUAACUGCAGCAGCAUUGAGUGUUAUACUAAACCGAUCCUUGAUCAUCGGACAGACCAGGGGCUCAUAUCCUUUUGGAGAUUACAUUUCAUACUCGAAUGUUGCAUUUACUCUCACGGAAGUCAAGCAUCUAUGGAGAAAGAAUGGGUGUACUGCAAAGUAUGGAAGAGAUCUGAUCACAAGAAUUGACAAUUUUGAAGAUCGUGCAAGAACAAAUGUUCUUUGUAGUGAUUGGAGAUAUUGGAAACAGCCCAUCAUCUGGUUUCAAGGUGCAACAGAUGCAGUUGCUAUUCAGUUCUUCUUGAAGAAUAUACAUCCUGGAAUGAAAAAUUCAGCUUCAGUUCUGCUUGGACAUCCAGAAUCUCUUCAAUCCAGCCCCAAUGUAUUUGGGGAACUGAUGCGGGUUAUUAUAUCUCCUUCACAAUCAAUUCAGGAAGCUGUUACUUGGGUUUUGAAGGGUGGAGAUCCUGAUAUCACAUUGCACAUGCGUAUGUUGACAAACAGGUCCAUACGAGCAAUGCAAGCAGCACUUCAAUGUGUUAAGAAAGCACUUAAUAGCUAUCAACAAGAAGCUACAAGACCAAGGAUUGCUUUGGUUUCCGAUACACCUUCAUUUAUCAAGGAGAUCUCACCGAACUUGGCUGAAUUUGCAGAGGUUGUUUCUUUUAAUUACAAGUCAUUUGCGGGCAAAAUUUCUGGGGGGAACAUGAAGAAAGAACAUCAGUCUGUAGGUUUUAGAGCAAAGGAUUGGGGACCUGCACCAAGAUGGGUUGCAUUUGUAGAUUUCUUUUUUGCAUCACAUGCUAAGCACGCUGUUAUUUCUGGAGCCAACCGUCGUGUUGGGACAACAUAUGCCCAGCUUAUUGCCGCACUUGCUGCAGCCAACAGACAUGGAGAGAAUCCUCUACCCUCCAAUUUCUCUUUCCUCAGUAGCUUUCAAAGCAACCUACUAGUCAAUGGCCUUGCUACUCAGAUUGGAUGGGGCCACGCCUGGAACCGGUUUGCAGGCCCGCUGAGCUGUCGUCACCAGCACCACCAGUGUGCCCUUACGCCACUCCUCCCUCCAGGAUGGUGGGAUGGAGAAUGGCAGAGCCCUAUUUCCCGCAAUAUUCAAAAGUUGCAGGGUUAUGGCGUUAAUUUGACUCUUGAUGGUAAAGUUGAUGAGAGCAGUCUUCAGUCUUAUUGUAGAUCAAGGAAGGAUCAUGUUAAAACUAUGGGUUUGAUUGGAUUAUAGAUAUAUGCUAAUUUCAGUCAUUUUCAAAGUGAAAGUUUGGAGCAUACUGUACAUGAGUGUAUCAUGUGUAUCAGGCCCUGUAUAUUAAUAGUGGAGCUUGCAAGAGAUAUGUCGAUUUUUUUGUAAAGUAGGUGAUAUUGGUUUGUAAUUGCUAGAAUAUUGCAUGUAACAUAGCUAUUUGGACCGUUAAAAUCUGAAGAAGUUUCAGCAGCAGAGGGGCAGGAUUUUGUAUAUGGAUAGUGUUGGAAGUGUUAUUUAUUCUGCUUUUA